AUGGAGUACGUGCUUGUCGACACGACCUUCAAAAUGCCGAGCUACGAGAUCGACAAGUGGAACCCACCACAGCCUGAUGAAUCGACAGCUAGGUUUUUAGGCAAUGAUUCAACUUCAACAAGCCCAUCCAUCAAGCCAUUCAACGUGCUCGGAUACGAAGAUUCCUUCUUUCAAGCAGUUGUAUGGGGCUUCGAGGGCACACCGAUCGAGGAGCUAGUCGGCGAAGAAAAUGUCCCGCGGGUGCUGGAGAAGGCAGAGCGGACUUACCGCCAGAUCGUGGCUCAGAAUCUCAACGAAUACUUUCGUAUUCCCGCAAGUACCACUUCUGCAGGGAGCUCCUUCAACGCCACGGUUACCGAUAACAGCGAGCUGCGUCUUGUUCAGAAUGCCGUCUCCACGCGCCUCCUUGAAGGUAUUCUUCUUUUCAUGGCGAUCUGCGCCGGCGUCUCCUUCUUUCUGGAGCGUUCGACGCGAAUUCUGCCAAAGAACCCGGCCAGCAUUGCCUCGGCGAUGAGUCUCUUUGCCGACAGUGACUUUCUGCAGACUAUCUCGCAGGAAUUGUCCAUGCCUGAUGGGGAGAAGCGGCUUCAAGAUGGGGUUUUGAAAGAGUCCCACUUUAGGCUUGGGUGGUGGGACGUGGGAACCGCUCGCGAGAGGUUUGGGAUUGACAUCGAACGGCCUGGCGAAAGUCACCUGCAAAUUGAUGAUCAGGAGAAUUCUAUUUCCCUUUUGAAUAUUAGAAGACAUGAUGACGCUCAAUAG